UAAUAUUAAGGAAACUAUUUAAUGUUUUUCAAGGUUAUAAGUAUUAAAACCAGACAAAAGUACAGAACUAUACAUUAAUUUUUGUGAAAUAUAGAACAAAUUGUUGAUAGAAUAGUUGCUGAUGCUGCAUCUCCGUUCCGAAAGUGGUUUUCCUUUAAUGCCUGCAUGCGGAAAAGUUUUGUAAACAAACCUGUUUAGCAGACGAGAAAUUGAGCUGCCAAAGGAAGGUCAGGUAGUGCAAAAAAUGGAGAAAAAAAAUAGUGAUGAAGAUUUUAGUGAAAUUAUCAAUUAUGUGUCAAUGUAUGACUGGAUAGCAUCUUCAACUUCAGCUGCUCUAGAUCCUAGUGAGCAGGAAGAUUUGUAUAAUAUUGACAUGGUGGACACAUUCGAUACAACCUUAAAGGAUACUUAUUCCAAUCCGCAUCCAACGCAAGUCCACGAUUUCAACUUAACACCUGAAGAAUUAGACAUGUGCAUGAGACUCAAUAUAAAUGAUAGUUUAAUCAUCGACCAACCAAAAUCUCAAGGCCCUCUUCAGUUUAACUCUAGAAAUCCAAACUUUAAUUCAAUGCUACAUGAAUUUGAAGAUAAUGAUGUGCAGAUGGAAAGUAGCAGUCAUUGUGCAGACACAACAAGAGCACAAGUAGAGGAACAAAAUGCUAGAAAAUGCACACUUCAAAAGUUGGUAACUGCCAUCAAAUCAAGAUUAUCAAAUGGUGAAACAGCAAAUAGUCAUGCAACGUAUGUAGCUCAACCUAUGACAGAGCAAGUCACACUUCACAUAAGUCCAGAAAAAAACCUCUUAGACGAGUACCUCUUAAAUCAAAGUCAAAACAAAGCUUCCACUGAGCUAGAAUUUUCUGAUCCAGUUUCUACUUUUGAAUUUGCUGAAUAUUUCACAGACCCAGUUCAAUCUGUCAACAGUGAUCAUUCCUCAGAGAUAAAGAAAAAAACGCAUCACAGAAACACUUCUAGCACCUCGUGGUGCAGUUUUUCAUCUAUGACAAGUGGUUAUGAGUCCACUGUUGGAAGCUGCAGCAAUCUGUCUCUUGAUUUUUUAAAUGAUGAAAAUCUUGACAGCAUAGCGAAAGAAGAAAGAGGAAAUUCACCUGAAAUAGAAGGACUUGUAUCAGCACCUGUGGAUGAAAUUAUAACCACACAUAGAAGUUCAUUACAAAGAGUUGUUGCUAAUGUUGCUGAUAAAAAGAAAAGACUAAAGGAAAAACUACAAGAAAAAUUCCGAAAACAAAAGGCAGAAGAUGUGAACAAUGCUAAUGACAUUGAUUUAAACAACCUGAGUGAUAAUAACGAUAUCAAAUCGCCAUAUUCGACACAGAGUUUAUCAUCUUCAAACGGCACAGAUAAUGGUAAUAUGGAUACAUUAAUGGAACUUCCUAAAAUAUCAAAUGAAAAGUCAGGUGCAAGGAAGUCUGGUCGUGAUCAUCGAGAUGUUGAGAAAAAGUAUCGGGACAGAAUUAAACGUUCUACUGCUGAAUUGAAGAAGCUCCUUACAUUUAAAGGACAUCAAAAGCAAAGUAUUAAUGAUGUUCUCCAAGGUGCUACAGAAGAAAUUAAAAGAUUGCGUAAAAAGAUUGAUUGGUUGGAGAAAGAAUUGCAAUACAUGAAACAGAAAGAGCAAAUAAACAAAAUCAGUUCUUUUCCAUCUGAUCAACACUUGUAUAACAAUGAAGAAGAGGAAUGGAAACAAGUACAGCAAGCUUCAACCGUUGCAAGACAAAGUGCACGCGAUGGGGCUAAAAUAGCUACUUUCACAGUGUUGUUCUUAUUUUCAUUCGUUAAUCCAAUAGCACUUUUAAGUGGGGAGUCAACAGCUUUCGAAGGAGAUCAUACGUUUCAUUCACGAGAAUUAAUGAGUGAAGGAGAAGAAAUUAUCACUCCACAACAUUCUGCCUUUUCACAACUACUGCGUGUUGGUGUAUCGCUGUUGAUAUUAAUGUUUAUGUUAUUGAGAGGAAAUAUUCGAUGUAAACCUAACACGAAAAUCGUGCAAUGUUUUAAAAGUCAGCUAAGAAAGGCGCAGACAAUGGUUAAUGAGCAUAAUUAUGAAGGUGCAAAAAACAUUCUUCGUCUCAGUCUUCUCAUUAUUGGUGAUAGAUGUCCCAGAACACCCUAUGGACAAAUCGUGAGUUACAUAUGGAAGAAUAUUUGUCAUUUGCUAUAUCAAGCCAGUUUAAUGAAAGUGUUAGAAACGAUUGGACGUUUAGCGCUUCCUUCUGGCUUAUUGCAUCCACAAGAGAGAAGUGAAAGACAACAUGCUGCAAACUUGUUGAUGCACGCCUACCAAAAACUACAUGAAAUUGCACUAAAAGAUGUUUCGUGUACUAACUUGGAAGCGGAUUGUUACCUUAUGAAUGUCAUUCAUGCUGCAGAAGUAUCAGGUGAUCAUGAACUGUUGUGUACAGCAUAUGCAACAGCAGCAGUUCAUAUGAAGGAGAAAGCCUGGCUUUUGUCAUCGUUUUUGCAGCAUUAUUUUGCUGACUGUGCAGAUCAUCAAGCUUGUUUGGCACGGCAAAAUUCGAAAGUAGUUGUACUAGAAUGGAUAUUUGAUGGUAAAGGAUACGAUUACUUUACAAGCGGAGUGUGGGAUUUAAAAAAGCGACCUGUUUUCCAUACUAAAGAUGACAACUCGAAGUUGGAUGAAGCUGACUUGCUGCAGACAAUUUUUUGUCAAUACCAAGAAUUCCUACUAGCUGAAUCUCUCAAGCGAAUUGUUAUUCCUGAACCAUCAUUAAGAAGCGACCAAGAUGUGGAGAUUGGUCAGUCAUUUCUUGCGAGCUUAAAAUCUUCUUCAGCGAUUCAAAAAAUUGAUUGGAGUUACAUGCGUAUUCAGUCGUUGUAUUCGUGGUGGGUGUUCGUGUUGAAACUUCUGCAGCGAAUCGAGAAACAUGAGAGUUUGGAUGAACUUGAAGAAACCUUCGAACAGAAGAUACAUAUGUUGGAACAAAUUAUUACCUACAGCACGCAUGAAUUCGUGGUUGCAAUAAAAUCUGUGUUAUCUGCGUAUAUCUCUAUCUUGAAUGCACGCAAAAAUAACGGGACACACGAAUACGAGGCUAUGGAAGCGAAAAUCCAACAUGCUGCUAUGUUGGUUAAAAACUUACCCCGCGCGAGUCAAACGGUUGGUACUGUAAAUGCAAAAGAUAUUGAACUGCAAGAGUUAAUAUCAAUAGCAUGUUACACAGUAAUUAUCGAGACAAGAUAUAUCCAUUGGCUUAUGAAUUAUCAUGGCAACAUAACAGAAAAAGAAUUGGUGAUUUUGCUGCACGAGCAAGAAAGUUUAAAAACUUUUUGUUCUGCGAAUCCCCAUGUUAGUACAAAGGUUAAACGUUACGCAACCAUCAUUGAAGAAAUGUCAGGAAUGAAUAAUGCCGAAAUACACCGACUGACAAAAAGAAGAGAAUUUAUGAUUUCAACUUGUCGACAACAAAAACCACGCAUAGUCUGCGUGAACUGCUAAAUGUGCACGAUGUUCACGAUUUCCGAUUUUUUGUGCACGAUGAGAAACAUAGUCGAUGGAUUGGUUUCAAAAUGUAAAAUAAUAUAAUUACAUAUAUAAAUAUUUUAUGUCAGCUAUAUAUUUAAACAUUUUUGUAGAUUAUAUAAGUUCAAAAUGUCAGUGGCACACAAAGUAAGGGAAUUUCGACAAAAAGUCCUUAUAUAUUAUUCCAAAGAAAAUAAUUAAUAUUCUCUCUCACAAUCUGGUCCGGAAUUUGUUGACCAAUGCCUGGACCAGCUGGGUGUUUAAUAACUCAAAUUGAAGGAUUCAUAUUGCUAUUAUGGCUAUUUUAUUAAUAUUCCUAUUUUGUUAAUAUUAUAAUUUUCAAGUAAUUUUAUCAUGUAGCCACCAUGUGUACAUAAACUUUACCAAAAGGUAAAAUAGGGUUGCCUAAAUUUAUUGCCUGGUUUGCAUCAAGAAAUUUACUUCAAAACAUUGUCGUGUAACUGGGCCUUUCCGCUGUGCGGAUAUAUGAACCAGUCACAUAGUAAAAUAAAGUCUUAGUCUUAGCGACGAAAUGUUUGCAGAUUGUAUUUUGGUGUCGUUGAUCGAUGCCAGAUGCAUCUGCCUUAUAAUAUACGAAUUUUUUGUUCUUCACUGUGGAAAGUGUAACCAGGGAAUAAAUAAGUAAGUAUAGUUAAAACUGUAUGUAGAAUUGGAGUUAGGUAAUGUACAAUAUACCAUAGCAAAUUCGUGCUCAGUGUUAUGAUUCUGCUUCUAAAGUCAGUGAGUCAAGAAAUAGCCAAAAUACAAUUUUUGAGUUUCUUGGUGGUUGCAAAAAAAAUUUAAAAAACUCCUUAAGUAAACUGGCAUUAUUUUGGUGGUAAUUUUGUUUCUGCGCCAGUGUUUUAGUGGGCAUAACAAUAUUUAUAAUGUAUAUAAUUAAAAUAGCGGGCUUUGAUAAAAGCAUGUAUAACACUGAGAACGACUAAGAAAGGCUAAAGAAAUGACUUUUAGCGAAUAUGACGAAUUUUUGUAUAUAGUAUUUUUAAAGAACGGAAAACAUAUAUUCA